GGUGUUGAGGUGUUUGGAGGAAAAAGAAUGAAGAAAACCGGGAUUGUUUCAGUUAGACCGAAACGUGAGCCAUGAAAGACUAUUCCACACGCACGCCACUUUUCUUCUCCCUCUCUACCAUCCGAAUUUCUAACGACCUCGCUUUCUUUCUUUCAUUUCAACCCUCGUUUAUUAAUCUUCUUAACCCUUUUUUCUCUUCUCUCCCUUUGAUUUCACAUCCUCUCUUUCACAGCACUAUAUAUAUAUAUAUAUAUAUACAUAUUUGCGUUUUUCUGCGUUUGCAUAGCUGCAUUCUGAGCUCCUUCACUCUGUUUGGGUUUCGCUUCCAUUCUCCGCUAUCUAUUCGUGAAAGAAUCACCCAAUGGGAACUGAUGAUACAAAAUGCACUUUCCAGGAGAUGAGCAUGCUUAGUCCUGAAGGUGAACUGAAAAUAAGUUUUGGCUAUCAAUGCAAUAGUGAUAGAGCUAUAUCUUGUAAUGAAAUCCAAAGAACAAGCAGUUUCUCUUGGUUGUCUGGUGCUGCCUUAAGUGCAAAUGCUACACUUGCCAACACAAACAUCUGCAAUGGUGUAAUAGGAGAAGAAAUCCUUCCGAGUUUGGACUCUCCUAAAUCGUUUCGUAGGGUGCCCUCUUCACCAAGUUUUCCAAAGUUGGACAUGUUAUCAUCUUCUGUCAAUAGUAGUUUGUCAAACCUAAGUUGCAGCCCAUCCACCCCAAGUAAUAUGCUUGAAUAUGACCCUUUUACGUUAAGAUCCAUAAGUGCUCCUUCCAGAAGUGAAGGUUUUCUUAAUGGCAUGGAAGUUCAAGUUGCUGGAGGAGCUGCUGGUGAAGAUAGAGUUCAAGCAGUUUGUUCUGAAGAAGAUGGGUGGCUCUUCUGUGCAAUUUAUGAUGGCUUUAAUGGGAGAGAUGCAGCUGACUUUCUGGCCGGCACCCUUUAUGACAGUAUCAUAUCUUAUUUUAACAUGUUAUACUGGGAUUUGGAACCAGAUUCCCUAAAAGCUUCUAACAAUGAGAGUAUGGGUGGAUCCUUUCAAUAUAAUUUUAAUGAUAGUCUUAAUCUUCAGGAGCGUCAAUCUCUGUCAAAAAUUAAGGGAAACAAUUCUAGUCUUGACUGUUUUGCAAACAAUAUUCCACAUUCCAAGUCGAAAGCAUCUCCUAAAUCAUUUUCACAAACUACAGUACUUGAUGGCCUCCAACAUGUUCUUAGUCAGGUUGAGAAUGAUUUCCUAUACAUGGUUGAGCAGGAAAUGGAGGAACGUCCAGAUUUAGUUUCGAUUGGAUCUUGUGUUUUACUUGUGCUUCUUCAUGGGAAUGAUUUGUACACACUUAAUCUAGGCGACAGUAGAGCAGUGUUGGCAACAUGCAUCACAGAUAACAGUUUGAAUGCGAAUGAGAGAUUGAAGGCUAUCCAACUUACAGAGAGUCACACUGUUGACAAUGAAGCUGAAAGAGCUCGACUUCUUGCUGAUCAUCCUGAUGAUCCUAAAACCAUAGUAGCAGGGAAAGUGAAGGGAAAACUGAAGGUUACAAGAGCUUUAGGAGUGGGCUACCUGAAAAAGAAAAUUCUGAAUGACGCAUUGAUGGGAAUCCUUCGAGUUCGUGAUCUUAAAAGCCCGCCAUAUGUUUCUACUGAUCCAUCAUUGAAUGUGCACAAAAUCUCAGAUUCUGAUCAAUUUGUUAUAGUUGGGAGUGAUGGUUUAUUUGACUUCUUCAGCAAUGAUGAAGCAGUACAGCUUGUAGAGUCUUAUAUCUUGAGAAACCCUUUUGGUGAUCCAGCAAAAUUUCUUAUUGAGCAACUAGUUGCAAGAGCAGCUGAUUCUGCAGGCUUCAGCAUGGAAGAGUUGAUGAAUGUUCCGGAUGGGAGGAGGAGGAAGUACCAUGAUGAUGUGACCGUAAUGGUGAUCAUCCUUGGGAUGAAUCAACGGACUUCAAAAGCAUCAAUUUGCCUCUAGAGACUGACCAAAGAAAAUUUGCAAUAUCUGAAGCUUUUCAAUGGACACCUUGGACAAGUGGUAUUUCUUAGGAAGUUUUGAUAUUCAUAGUGUACAUAAGACAUAUAGAACUUAGAAUCCUUGGUUCCUUUGGUAUUUCAAAAUUUUGCAGUAUUUUUUCUAUUUGUUGGAACAUGAAUUAUAGAAAUGUUUUGCUUGUA